AUGUGCGACCUCGAGCGCGGCCGGAGCCUGUCCUUCUCCGGCUGCGGCUUCCUGAGCAUCUACCACGUCGGGGUGACCAGCUGCCUGAGCGAGCGGGCCCCGCACCUCCUCCGCGACGCGCGCAUGUUCUUCGGCUCCUCGUCCGGGGCGGUGCACGGCGUAGUCUUCCUCGCCGGGAUUCCUGUGGAGAAGGCUGUGCAGAUCUUCAUGGGCCUUGUGCAGAGCACCAGGAGACGGAACAUUGGCAUCUUCCACCCCUCCAUCAAUGUGGGCAAGCAGCUCCGAAAAGACCUCCACAGGCACCUCCCAGCUAACGUCCACCAGCUCAUCUCCGGCAAAAUGUGCAUCUCGCUCACCAGAGUGUCUGAUGGGCAAAACGUGCUGGUGUCUGAUUUUCAGUCCAAAGACGAAGUCGUGGACGCCUUGUUUUGUUCCUGCUUCCUCCCUUUCUACUGUGGCUUCAUCCCUCCUUCCUUCAGAGGCGUGCGAUACAUAGAUGGGGGAAUUAGUGACAAUAUACCCUUCACUGAUGCCAAGACAACCAUCACCGUGUCCCCCUUCUAUGGGGAGUGUGACAUCUGCCCUAAAGUUAAGACCAUGAACUUUCUUCAUGUGGACAUGAACAAGCUCAGUUUAUACGUCUGCUCAGAGAAUGUCUACCUUCUGUGCCGAGCAAUGUUUCCUCCGGAUGUCAAGGUGCUUGCAGAACUGUGCUUCCAAGGGUAUUUAGAUACGCUCAAGUUCUUGGAAAAGAAUGGUAUGUAUGGACGGGGUGGGCGAUACAUAGAUGGGGGAAUUAGUGACAAUAUACCCUUCACUGAUGCCAAGACAACCAUCACCGUGUCCCCCUUCUAUGGGGAGUGUGACAUCUGCCCUAAAGUUAAGACCAUGAACUUUCUUCAUGUGGACAUGAACAAGCUCAGUUUAUACGUCUGCUCAGAGAAUGUCUACCUUCUGUGCCGAGCAAUGUUUCCUCCGGAUGUCAAGGUGCUUGCAGAACUGUGCUUCCAAGGGUAUUUAGAUACGCUCAAGUUCUUGGAAAAGAAUGGCAUCUGCAGUGUGCCCCGUCCGUGCCUGAGCGCGGCCUCAGAGGGCCUCACGCAGCCCCGGGAAUACAGCAGCACAGAGUCUUCCCAGGGAGUGGCUGCCCGGGACACGCGGCCUGGGGCAGACGAGCCGCGGUCGGGCCACCUGCGUCUCCGCAUCCUGCCCUCCCACGAGAGCAUCCCGGAGGCGCUGAUGCCCAAGCUCAGGAUAGUACUGAAUGCAGCAAUUAAAAACCAAAGUGGGUACAUGAGCAAGAUUUGCAACUUCUUACCAGUUAAGGUGCUGUCCUAUAUGCUGCUGCCCUGUACGUUGCCCGUGGAGUCAGCCAUUGCUAUGGUCCAGAGUCUGGUGAUGUGGCUUCCAGACGCUCCUGAUGACAUCCGGUGGCUGCAGAGGAUGACCUGCCAGACCUGUUCCCGACUGAUGGUGCAUCUGUUCCCCUCCAGAUCCCAAGUGCCAGCCAGCAGCCAGCGGCCUUUCCCGCACCAACCAGAACACCACGGCACUGUGGACCAGGGCGCCCACCCUCUGGACUGUGCAGUAGGGGCCAAGGGGAGGAUUUGAGGCCACCCAGCAAAUCCAUCCUCCAGUCUGGCGUGGUUUUCUCGGGCUGCAGAGUGCUGGGCUCAGGAGAGGCUCUGCCUUCCCGCUUUGCCACUGAAGGAGUUUCUGAGUCACUUAAGAAGGCAAGUCUGGGGCCUUCUUUCAGACAUCCUAGACCUUUCCGGUCUUUGCAUCCACCUCUGCGCUGCCAUUUAAUGCCCCAGUGUCUGUGACAUCCGGAAUCCAGCCUCUUGCUUAAUUUGUAGUUUAUUGAAAUCAAAGGCAAUUUAUUUGUUUUUAUGAAAAUUUGGAAGCUACUUUUGGUAUACAUGGUAAUCCAGAGCUUGGGGACAUCUAAUGUUUAAGCACCUGAGCCAGUUAGCUCCGUUGGUUGGGAAAUGGCACCAGAAAGCCCAGCAUGGGGGUCCGCUUCUACUCAGCCGUGCAGCCCUCUCUGCUGCCCCAGUGUGAGGUCUUAGAAUGGCCAGUGUAGCUGGGGGCUAGUCUGCCCUUUGUGGUUGGAAGAAAGGAACAUGGUCCCAUCUCCCCAUAGGGUCAGUGUGGUGGGGUGGGGGUGCCAUCCUUUUCCAAGGGCAGCAUUGCCAGCCAGGGGGUGUUAAAAUAUGGUAACUUGCUCAUAUUUUGGAACACUUUUUGGACCUAAACAUUUAAUAGUUUUGUAUUAAAUGUAAGGGAAUCUUAUGAUCUGCUGAAUAUAUAUUAUGUGACUCAGUGAGAUGUUAAUAGAAUCAGUCUUUUAAAAACCCAGUGUGUCAGAGGGUCACCCCAGCCCCCAAACACAGCAAAACAGCUUCUAGUCUGCACUCCUCUGUUCUCUGCCUCCCCCCACCCCCAUCAGCUGCACCCCCAUGGCCAUAAUGGAUGGAGACAAGCAAGAGACAGGGAUCUACCUUUCCCAGGUGUGGGCAUUUGGCAGGCAAUGUGGUCGGACUCAAGGUGAAAUGCAUGUUUGUUUUUCUUAUACAUUCGGUUCCAGUGUCACAAAAAGAAAAGAAACAAUAACAAGCUCAAAAUCCUAAAUGUUGCCACAGAAACUUGCAACUCUCACCUGCAUUGUUUAAGUUUCCCCGUUGAAGAACCAGCCAGUCAGACCGAGCACUUUCUCGUGAAGAUGUGUCCUUGGAGAGAACUGUGGUUCUAGGGCAAAGGCUUGUCUUGCAAUGGGUUUCAGCCCCAGGCAAGUUCGCUAUGGAUUCAGCGUGACCAACGAAAUGACAGUAGAA